AUGCUGUGGACGCUGCUCCUGGCCGUGCUCCUCCUGCUGCUGCUCCACGCCCAGCUGCACCUGUGCCUGCGUGAGCUACGCGCCGCCACCCCGUCGCCCGGCAACGCCGCCCCGUCGCCCGGCGACCCCACCCCGUCGCCCGGCAACGCCACGCAGCGCCUGCCCGGCGCCAUCAUCAUCGGCGUGAGGAAGGGCGGCACACGCGCACUGCUGGAGAUGCUCAACCUGCACCCCGACGUGGAGGUGGCCCGGGCCGAGGUGCACUACUUCAACCUGGACGACAACUACCGGCGCGGGCCGGACUGGUACCGCGCCCAGAUGCCCGUCUCCCUGCCGGGGCAGCUGACGGUGGAGAAGACCCCCGGGUACUUCACGGCGCCGCUGGCCCCGGGGCGGGUGCGUGCGAUGGACCCGGGCGUGCGGCUGCUCCUGAUCGUCCGGGACCCCGCGGAGAGGGUGGUGUCCGACUACACGCAGGUGCUGCACAACCGCCGGGAGAGGCACAAGCCCUACCAGCCCCUGGAGGAGCUGCUGCUGCCGCGCGGCAAGAUCGACCCCGGCUACAAGGCCCUGCAGCGCAGCCUGUACCACCAGCACCUGGCGCGCUGGCUGGCCCACUUCCCGCGCGGGCAGAUCCACGUGGUGGACGGCGAGGCGCUGAUCCGCGACCCGUUCCCGGAGCUGCGGCGGGCCGAGCGCUUCCUGGACCUGCCGGCCCGCAUCGCGCCCUCCAACUUCUACUUCAACGCCACCAAGGGCUUCUACUGCCUGCUGUCCGCCGGCCACGACAAGUGUCUGGACGAGUCCAAGGGCCGCCGCCACGCCCCGCUGGGGGCCGCCGCCCUCCGCGCGCUCUGCCGCUACCUCAGAGAGCCCAACCAGCGCUUCUUCAGCAUGGUGGGCCGGACCUUCUCCUGGUGCUGA